CCCCAGAUCACUGGGGCCACAGGUCAGUUCCACACCCCCCAGCUCAUUGGGCCGCAGGUCGGUUCCGCCCCCAGAUCGCUGGAGCCACCGGUCGGUUACACAGUAGCCAGGUUGCUUAGCUACCAGUUGCUUAGAGACAGUCUGUAUACAGCUCUGUUAGUGCUGUGUCUCAGGACUCUCUCGUGCUGAUGGAGAUGUCUCAUGUGAUCUCUCUGCUCCCCAGUUGGACACCCCAGGCCUGAUGUCUAUUAACCCAUCGCCCUCCCCUCGGCACAGACAGAAGGAUGUUUCGGGCCACUCAGGUCAUGCUUUGCCCCCUGGGGGUUGCCAGGCCUGUGCCAGGCUGAGGGACAUGAUCACCCAACUGCAGCAAGAAAAGGAGAAAGCCCUGCAGGAACAGCGGGAGGCUUUCCAGAAGCAACUGGCGGAGACGGCCCAGAGCAGGAGGCACCUGGAGGAGGAGCGAUUGGCCCUCCUGCGCCAGGAAUUCCUGCAGAAACGGGAGGGCGACCUGCAGAGAGUGCGCCAGAGCUGGGAGGCGGAGUCUGUGAAGGCCACGGGUCUAGCCUAUCAGGAGGGACUGAGGGAGGCGGAGAAAGCAAGAGAGAGGGAACUGCAAGCUUGGAGAGAGGCAGAAGAGGUUCGGUUUGGCGAGCGGCUGAAAGGGGCUUUAUCUGCGGCGGCGGCAGAGGGGCAGAAACGGGCCGAGGGGCAGAAGGAAACUCAGGGGCAGAAACACGCAGAGCAAGUCAAAUUAUUACAGGAGAAGCUCAGUGCGGUCCAGGAGCAGUUGAACAAAGUAACGCAAGAAAAGACUGAUUUUGAGUGUAAAUUUAAGGAGAUUCAGCUGAAUUACAAGCGCUUUAUUGACCUCACCGACUCCAGCCUCCACUCCGACUACCUCCUGCGCCUGAUCCACCUGGGAAAGCCUCCGGGCUACGUGCACUCAGCUACGCAGACUGAUGAUGUCAUCAAACCAUCAUGCUGAUGUCACAGACCGCAAAGUCUAUACUAUUCUUUAUCAUUUUCCUUUCAGACUUUCCCAGAUUUUUAUUUCAUUUGGACUCCGACAUCAUCAGAAGAACAAGCUCAUUGGUUGCCCCUUUGGCUAUAGUGGGUGCCACGUAAGGAUAUGGGAGGGCUUGGGAAGAACAUAACUAUGGGCUUAUUGGAAGUACAGGAGCCUGCAAAUCCCUCCAUGGGGGGCAUUAGGAAGUGCAACAGAUCUGAUUUAGGGUUUCCAACUUUAAUAUGAACCCCCAAAGCCACAGAGCCUCGUACCCCCUGAACCCAAACAUCCCCCCCCAAUUAAAAUAAAAAUACAUAUGGGGGACACAGCAGUGUGUAAUCAAUGAUUACAGUGAAGAUUGGCCCCAGUGGUUCAAAUUAGAGCUUGACCAUUGGCCCAUUCACCAGUCCGUUCCAAUGGGGUCCCGCCCACUAUUUCUGGUUGGUGGAUUGCCCACCAAGCUUGUGAUCCAUAUGAAUUAGGGAUGCACCAAAUCUCCCCCCCCCCAAUUGGUUGGCCAAUUGGAGCACGGAACAGGUAAAAGGCCCAUAGACAAUUGGGCCCUUUAGACCAAUUCAGCAGCUUAUCUGCCCGUGUAUGGGGCCCUCCCCAACCAAGAUCUGUUCUCGAUUGGACAGGGAAUUCAGCAGAACCGCCCCCCUUCCCGCUCUACCUAUUGUCGUCUCUUUGCUCCUCCCUCUUCUCUCUCUCGUUUCAUAUUCCUACUCUGUCUGAAGCUUCUUUUCUGUCUUCCCAUCAUCCUCUCCUACUCAAUCGCUGUCUCUCUCUCUGUCUGUCUCUCUGCCAUACAUUGCUGUCUCUCUCUCUCUCUCUGUCUGUCUCUCAAAGGCUCUUGUCGAGGCGAGGAAAGGGUUAACCUGGGGAGAAAGUGCAGAAGAAGUUGGGCAAAGUGAAUAAAUAACUUGCGGGAAAGAAAAACACGUUGACAAAUAUUUACGGGAAAUAAAAUGGCUUCCCUGACAAAGGCGCGACGGGAGGCGGAGAUGAAAGCCGCGUGAGGCUUAUGCUAAUAGGGAACAAAGCAGCAUGGCCGCCAUACAGGGCAAGAAUAAUUGGCCUUGUUAGUCCGGUCUUAUUGUGAGUGCUAUGGCCGCCCAGCUAAUAACUGGCAGUUAGAGGCUAUGGUUCCGCUGCCGCCGGCUAAUGAGCCCCGGGCAUUGUUAGGGGCAAUUAUCCCCCCCGGGAGCCCCCAAUUACAAAGUGCUAAAGUUUUUUUUAACAACAAACCGACACACAUUAACCCCUGUAUGUGCUCGAGGCCGAUACAGACAGAAGUUAACCCUUAGCGGUUCUU